CACGUCUUCGCCUACGGGGCCGUGUCCCUGCGCCGCGUGCUCUGGGGCGGCUUCUUCCUGGGCUCGCUGGGGCUGCUGCUGCUCGUGUGUGCCGAGCGCGUCGCCUACUUCCUCACCUACCCCCACGUCACCAAGCUGGACGAGGUGGCCGCCCGCAACCUCACCUUCCCGGCCAUCACCAUCUGCAACCUCAACGAGUUCCGCUUCUCCAAAAUCACCCGCAACGACAUGUACCACGUGGGCGAGCUGCUGGCGCUGCUCAACGAGCGCUACGAGAUCAGCAACCCGCAGCUGGCCGAGCCCCACGUCCUGGCUGCCCUGAGGGACAAGGCCAACUUCAAGAACUUCAAGGCGAAACCCUUCAGCAUGGCCGAGUUCUACAACCGCACGGGCCACGACCUGGCCGAGAUGCUGCUGCAGUGCACCUUCCGUGGCACCGGCUGCACCGCCCGCAACUUCACCGUGAUCUUCACACGCCUGGGGAAGUGCUACACGUUCAACCCGGGGGGGCCGGGGCGCGAGGUCCUGACCACGCUGCAGGGGGGCUCCGGCAACGGCCUCGAGCUCAUGCUCAACGUGCAGCAGGAGGAAUAUCUGCCUUGUCCCCCCCCCGACUUCCUGGUGACGAAGGACAGCGAGUACUGCGCGUGCCGCACGCCCUGUGCCAUGGUGCGCUACGGCAAAGAGCUCUCCAUGGUGAAGAUCCCCAGCAAGGCCUCGGCCAAGUACCUGGCCAAGAAAUUCAACAAGACAGAGCAGUACAUCGCGUGA